UUUCAAGGUGCGAGCUGCGAGUGAAGGAAGCGUCAAACGUCGUAGAUUUUGCUGAUUGUCGUAUCGAAAUUAGGUCUCUCUGCUUGUGCGGAACUGCUUUUGCUUCUCUAAAGUGUCCAACGCUAGUGUCGGCAUCAUGAACCGCCGUCGUGCCUACGAAGAUGACGGUGAUUUUUACGGUGAACGGUCCCGUAAACGUCGCCGGGUUUCGGAGAACCAAGAAAUGGAAGAACGUUUGGAGGCACUGAUCUUGAGGGUGGGAGAAAACAGUACCUCUUCGUUGGAGUCGAACCUGGAAGGGCUGGUUUCGGUGCUUGAGUCAGAUUUGGGUAAUUUUCGCAAUAAAAUCUUGCGAAUCUUAUCGGAAUGUCCCAUUAAGAUGCCGGAGAAGUGCACGAUCUACUCAACGAUGGUGGGAUUGAUGAAUGCCAAGAACUACAACUUUGGUGGAGAGUUUGUUGACCAUAUGGUGAAGACGUUCAAGGAAAGUUUGAAGCAAUGCAAGUGGGAUGCUGCCCGGUAUGCUUUGCGGUUUUUAUCGGACUUGGUGAAUUGUCACGUUAUUUCAACGAAUUCUUUACUGCAACUGCUGGAUAAUAUGGUGGAUGCCGCUAAUGAAGAUUCGGUGCCGCAGGUUCGCCGCGAUUGGUACGUAUUUGCCGUGUUGUCUACCCUGCCGUGGGUAGGUCGAGAAUUGUACGAGAAAAAGGAAUCUGCGCUGGAGAAUCUGCUGGUGCGCAUUGAAGUGUUUUUGAACAAACGAACCAAGAAACAUCAUAAUGCACUGCGGGUAUGGUCGGUGGAUGCACCCCAUCCCCAGGAAGAAUAUUUGGAUUGUCUGUGGGCGCAGAUCCGCAAGCUUCGACAGGAUAACUGGGCCGAGAAGCACAUUCCUCGACCGUACCUAGCGUUCGAUUCGGUGCUUUGUGAAGCUUUGCAGCAUAAUUUGCCGUUAAUUCAUCCACCGCCGCAUCAGGAUUCGUUUGAGUAUCCGAUGCCGUGGGUCGUUUAUCGGAUGUUUGAUUAUACCGAUUGUCCAGCUGGACCCAUUUUGCCGGGUGCUCAUUCGAUCGAGCGUUUCCUGAUCGAAGAACAUUUGCAUUCGAUCAUUGAAACUCAUCACUGGGAACGCAAGGAUUGUGCCGCGAACUUGUUGAAUUUGGCCUACAAGGAUAAAAUCCCGUUGGAGUACUGUAUCGUGGAAGUGAUUUUUGCGGAACUGUUCCACAUGCCUACGCCGCGCUAUUUGGAAAUUUGCUACGGAUCAAUUUUGAUCGAACUGUGUAAGCUGCAGCCGUCCAAAAUGCCACAGGUUUUGGCUCAGGCUACGGAAAUUCUUUUCAUGCGAAUCGAUUCGAUGAAUACCAGUUGUUUCGAUCGCUUUGCCAACUGGUUUUCCUAUCACCUGAGUAACUUCCAGUUCCGCUGGAGCUGGGACGAUUGGGAUAGCUGUUUGCUUCUGGAGAUGGAGCACCCAAGGCCGAAGUUUAUCCAGGAGGUGCUGCUGAAGUGUUUGAGAUUUUCAUACCACGAUCGGUUCAAGGAAAUGAUGCCGGAGACUUAUGCAAAAUUGAUACCGAAAGCGCCGUCACCCAGAUAUAAAUAUACGAUGGAUGGAGCUGCAUCCCUACCAGGGACGGCGACUGCCCACAAGCUGGUCGUUGCUAUCCGUCAAAAGUGCACCCCGGAGGAUGUGCUGAACGAGCUGAAGGAUUUGCCGAAUCCCCGAGAGACGUCUGAGACCGACAUGGUUGAAUCGACCUUUAAUCCACUGAAGAUCGACGUGUUUGUUCAGACACUACUGAAUUUGGGUUCGAAGAGUUUCUCACACACUUUUGCGGCCAUCUCCAAGUUCCAUCAGGUGUUCAAGGGUCUGGCAGAAACCGAGGAGGCACAAAUUUGCAUUCUUCACAAUACGUAUGAGCUGUGGAGCUACCAUCAGCAGAUGAUGGUUGUUAUCAUCGACAAGCUGCUGAAGACACAGAUUGUCGAAUGUUCGGCCGUCGCAACGUGGGUCUUUUCGAAGGAAAUGGUCGGAGAAUUUACCAAAAUGUACCUGUGGGAGAUUCUGCACUUGACCAUCAAAAAGAUGAAUCAACACGUCACCAAACUCAGUAAGGAGCUUGGCGACGCAAAAGAUCGCCUAGAUCGGAAUGCUGAAUCCUCUUCCAGUGAAUCGGAUGAAGAAGCCACACCAGGAGCGGCAGCUACACCUGCCCGUCGCCGUAAGAAGACCGCCGGCGAUGAUGCCGAUAAACCAACGGAAGAACAGGUGGAACGAAUGGAGGAACGUCUGGAGGCAGCUUUCGUGGAUCAGAAACGACUGUUUCUGAUUAUUUUCCAGCGUUUUAUUAUGAUCUUAUCGGAGCAUCUGGUAAAAUGUGACACUGACGGACGGGAUUACGAUACCGAUUGGUACCGCUGGACGGUUGGACGACUGCAGCAGGUUUUUAUGCUGCAUCACGAACAAGUGCAGAAAUACAGCAGUACACUCGAAAGUCUUCUGUUCACUUCCGAUAUUGAUCCACACAUUUUGGAUGUAUUCCAUCAGUUUACCGCACUGCGGUCAUAGAGGACAUUUUUGGUAAUAGGUUAUCCUGUGUUUAGCUCCGCCCCAUAUGUGAGUAUGAAAAAAUAUAUUUUUUUCUAUUGAUCCCACGGAAAGUUGAUGGCGUUUGUUGGAUGAGAGAAUUCUCACCGUGUAAUUUUAUGAAUAUUCGUUAUAGUGACGAUAUGUAUUAAAAGUGUAUUCGACGAAUGCGACAG